AUGGCCACUACAACUGUGGCUCCAGCUGUUGCUGUGACAGAGACCGUAAAGCCCAAGCAGAAGACUUCCUUUUGGAGAGAGGCUGCAGCAUCUGCCAUUGGUGGAUCGAUCCAUGCCGUCAUCGAGCAGCCGAUUGCAACUCCCAUUGAGGCAUCGAUUACACAAACUCAGGUGAACGGGAAAGGCUUCUUUUGGAAUUUCAAGGAGCUUUUUCGGCAGGGCGCUUUGUAUCGAGCUCUUCCAACUGCUUUGGUGGGAGCUGUACCAAAGGCUGUCAUCCACUACUCGAUUCUAAACCUAUACAUCAACACCUUAGCACCUGACGGUGACAUGAAAAAGGCGGAUGGCCAAACUGCAACUGUGAUCGGCAUGGCGACAGGUGCAUCAGAGACGGUCUUGGUGAACCCCAUCAACUUCGUGAAGUUUCGCAUGCAACGGCCUGAGUGGGGCUACAGUGGCAUGGUGGAUGCCAUCCAGACCAUCUACCGUGUGGAAGGAUUGCAGGCUUUUUGGAAAGGCGCAGGUGCUGUCUUCGUGAGAAACACGAUUUGCAAUGGCGGCAUGGUUGGUGGCUACAAGUUUACAGAGAAGGCGUUGAGCUCGUCUGCUGACCUGCCAGAUGGUCCAAGACAUUUGCUGGCAGGGGCUUGCGGUGGAAUUGUGGGUUCAUUCGUAAGCUAUCCCUUCGAGAUGCUUAGAGCAGCCAAAAUGCACAACAUUUCCUUCAUGGAUGAGAUCGUUGCGAAGGGUCCCAAAAGGCUUCUGGCUGGUUGGGCACCCGGAGCAGUGCGCUUGGUUGUCACAUCCGCCAUCAUGGGGUCCAUCAUUCCCCACCUAAAGGCCUUUAGCAACUCCUUGGUCAUGGGCGACUGA